UACUUUCCUGGGUUAACUGGUGUGUUUUGUGAGCGUUCCCCAGCCAGACUCGGGGAGACAGACGUCAUGGCGAGCACGUCCAAAAAAGCUAAGAUUUCGCCUGUGGACGGGCACCUAGACACCAGCGACAGUGACAGCGACAGUGAUCUACCGGAGUGUCCCUACGGCGAGAGAUGCUACAGGAAAAAUCCACAGCAUUUCAAAGAAUUCUCACACCCAGCCAAACACGCCAAAGACGGGACUACAACAACGACGGGGGCAGCGGUGCUGCCGUCGAAAAUCAACAGUACUGCCGACAAUCUUCCACCAUGUAAAUAUGGCGCUAACUGUUAUCGGAAAAACUUAAUACAUUUCGCCGAGUAUUCCCAUCCUACAAAUACAGACAAGGCGACCACAGACAGUGGAAAUGACACGGAUGUGUAUGACUCGGACGAUGGCGAUGAGGGAAUGAACGGGAAGGGUGUGUUAAUAAAAGGGGAUUCACAGCUUCUGGUGAAGAGUUAUUCCAAAAUGACAGAAGAUGAGCGAAAGGAACUGAUCAAAAAAGCAUUUGAGGCCAAAAAACAACUUCAGGAAGAACUGAGACAAACCAAGGAACAAAUGGCAGAAAAGGAAAAGGAGCUGAAAAAAUUACAGGAUCAGGUGACAACAGGGCUCCUAUUGGUGGAUGGGGAGAAGGAAGCCCUAGAGGGUACGGUCACCAAGUACUUUGUGCUCCACGCCGAGCGGGCAUAUAAAGAGGGGUCUGCGGAUCAAAUCCACUUUCGAUUGGCAGAAUCACAGUUCUACAGACUCCUCUCGGGACAGUAUUGCCAACAGUAUCAGAGUCACAAAGUCGAAUAUGUGGUCAAUCCAACAUUGUUAAGAAAUUUCAGCGAAGCUAGAGAAGAUUUGAAGAGGGAAAGAGGAGAGAAGCUGUCCUAUCCCGUCUUGGCUUUCCAUGGAACUAGUCAACAGGUCAUCCCAAAGAUCUGUGAAGGGAUAUAUGAGGUACCUGGUGAAAAGGGAUUCAAACAUAAGACUGACACAGGAUGGUACGGCAAGGGUGUGUACUUCAGUGAAUAUCCGGGAUACUCCAUGGGCUAUAUCCAAGGUGCGACGAGUCUUUUGUUAUGUCAGGUGCUUCCUGGAAAGGUAUAUCAGUGCACUCAGCUCAUCCAUGGGGCUUCUCUGACGGCAGGUUACGAUUCCCACAUCUCUCCCUGUAAAAAAGAGCUGGUUGUCUUCAACUCUCACCACAUCCUGCCCUCGUAUAUCGUUCACUACGCCUCCGUCAAGACGGAAUUUAAGUAUUCCAAGACUGUAACAGGUAAAUUGAUGAUAUCUGAUGAAGAAUUAAAGAAGAAAUAUGUAAAAGCUUGUAAAGCAGCAGUGAAAAAAGGAGCUGGUUUAUUCAGCAACACCGAGUUUCAAUUUUCUGGUCAGCUGAUAGCCAGUCAUAAAGAGCUUGGGGACUUAAUUGUAAAACAUGGAGGAAAAAUAGGCUCUUCUAAAAUGUUUGACAGGUUAAUCAGCACCCCAGAGGAGGUUGAAAAAGGAACUGCAAAAGUCAAGAAGGCUCAAUCCCUGGGGCCGGAUACAAUUCUCUCGCAGGCUUACAUCUUUGACAUGAUCCUGACGAAAGGAAAAGCCAUCAAGGACAUUGAAUCCUACCAUUUGUGACACAUCCCCCACACACCACAGCCCUACAAUUUGUGACACAUCCCACACACACCACAGCCCUACCAUUUGUGACACGUCCCACACACACCACAGCCCUACCAUUUGUGACACGUCCUACACACC